ACGAGGAAACGGUAGAAGCGGAUGUGGGCUCAACUGUGUUGGAGGCCGCGCACGAUAAUGACAUUGAGCUUGAGGGUGCUUGUGAGGGGACGAUAGCGUGUUCUACAUGCCAUGUGAUAGUACCGAAAGAGACUUUCGACCAGCUACCAGAGAUGGAGGAGGAGGAGGAAGAUAUGCUGGAUCUAGCGAUAGGACUAGAAGACACGUAUGUACUAAAUGUUUGUAGGAAAGUCGGUAGUUUUGGAAUGAUAAGCGAUCUUCGAUGUAUAGACAAGUACCUGAAACAGAUGUACUGUGAGGUUUGUGAAUGA